ACCAACACCUUUAGGCAGUCCGCGGUUGACAGGUGAGGAGUGCGGACGCGGUCAAUCCGCUCCUAGUCAAGACAUUCUGUACGUGGGUUGGUGUACGUGAGUGUCCGUUCCCAAUAUGAGCACGGCUACUACUCUCAUGCCGGACGCAGAAGGAGGAUCGAGGAUAGGAUGGCCGGAUGGACUGGUUAUUGCAGCGUAUUUUAUUUUCGUGUUCGGCGUAGGACUCUGGUCCUCGUAUCGCAACCGAAGUAGCAAUGUGUCAGAUUAUUUCCUCGCCUCCAGAAAUAUGCACUGGAUACCCGUCGGCGCCUCUCUCUUCGCCAGCAACAUCGGGUCGGGGCAUUUCAUCGGUCUUGCGGGAUCCGGAGCUGCUUCGGGCAUCGGCGUCGCAGGGUUCGAACAGAGCGCUAUCUACAUUCUCAUGCUUCUCGGUUGGCUGUUUGUCCCGGUCUACAUGAGUUCGGGCGUUUACACGAUGCCCGAGUUUAUGAAGCUGAGAUUCGGAGGACGUCGGAUUCGCGUCUAUCUCUCAUUCCUGGCGCUGCUGCUCUACAUUUUCACAAAGAUUUCUGCCGACCUGUACGCAGGCGCGCUGUUCAUCCAGCUGGCCUUGAACAAGAAUUCCUCGGGAUGGCUGUACCUCGCCAUCCUCAUCCUGCUCGCCAUGGCAGCCGUCUUCUGCAUCGCCGGCGGGUUGUCUGCCGUCGUGUGGACCGACUUCGUGCAGACCAUCCUCAUGGUGGUGGGGGCUUUCAUCCUCAUGGUCCUCUCCUUAAGAGAGGUGGGCGGAUUAUCGAAGCUGGUGGAGGACUACCCUUACGCGCGCGCGACCCUGCAAGCAACGGACCAUGCUAAUAAGACCUGUGGAGAACCCUCACCGUACUACCUGUCCCUCCUGCACCCGAUCCAGCCCGGCCUGUCCGACUACCCAUGGACGGGCAUGAUCUUUGGGCUCACUAUCAACUCCAUCUGGUACUGGUGCACAGAUCAGGUGAUCGUGCAGAGGACACUGGCCAGUAAGGACAUGAUCCACGCCAAGGGAGGUUGCAUUCUGGCAUCCUACCUUAAAUUCCUGCCUCUGUGGCUGCUGGUGUUCCCGGGGAUGGCUGCCCGCAUCCUGUACCCCGAGCGCGUGGCUUGUGCAGAUCCUGAGGAGUGUACCAAGAUUUGCGGCAGUGCUGGAGGAUGCACCAAUAUUGCAUAUGCAGAGCUGGUCCUUAACCUGCUUCCUACGGGUCUGGCGGGGAUGAUGCUGGCGGUGAUGAUGGCGGCCCUAAUGUCCUCCCUCACGUCGAUCUUCAACUCCGCCUCCACGAUCUUCACCAUGGACGUGUGGGUGCUGAUCCGGCCGAAGCUCAAGUGCAGUCGGCUGGCAGACAAGCCCACGCAGGCUGAGCUUCUCUUCGUGGGCCGCGCCUUCGUGCUCGUCCUCGUCGGCAUCUCCGUCAUAUGGAUCCCUGUCAUUCAAAACACCGGCAACUCCCAGCUGUUCCAUUAUAUUCAAGCUGUCUCCUCCUUCUUGGCGCCGCCCAUCUGCGCUGUCUAUCUGCUUGCCAUGUUCUGGUCUAGGACUAACGAACCCGGCGCGUUCUGGGGCCUUAUGGUAGGCCUCAUAAUUGGAAUGCUGCGUUUUAUCGUCGAGUUCUCCUUCAUUCAACCUCCCUGUGGUUCUAGCGAUCCAGACCCCCGGCCCGCCUUUGUGAAGCUGACCGUGGGGAACGUGCACUACCUUCACUUCUCGUGUAUCCUGUGGAUCAUCACCGGCCUGGUUACUGUGGGCGUCUCCCUCCUGACGGAGCCCAUUCCAGAGGAGUGCCUGUAUCGGCUGACCUUCUGGACGCGCCACGACCCUCGCAUCAGGCAGCCGUUGGAGGACGACUAUGACGACGACGCCCCGGCCACGAACGGAGGAACCCAAGCCAGCGAGCAUACUGAGAAUGCUGUCAACGGGAGCAAUGGCGCGCCGCAGCAGAUGGAAGUAGAAGGUUCUGCUGAAAACGAAAGCAAAUUUCAACGAAUCAAGAAGUACCUGUCCCGCGCCAUUCCUGAAGUUGAAGAAGAAAGUCCGAAGGUCGUUCUAACCGAAGGCCAGAAGGCUCAAGAUGCUGCUGCCUUCCUUAAGGAGCCGCCCUUCUGGAGAAAUUUCGUGAACUACAACGCCGUCGUGUGUCUGGCUCUCACGACAUUUGUCUGGGGAUUCUUCGCUUAAUGAAACUCGAGGUGCUAUGAGUGCGCCUAGACCCCAGUUUUCGGUUAAACUGAUAUUAGAUAGACAUACCAAGUGAACAGUUAAAUAUAUAUAUAGUUUAUGCGAGUAACACAUAAGAAACCUAUUUUCUAACAAGAUCUAGUGUAUUUUUAUACAUAGGUGCGUAUAGUUCUGUUGGCAUAUAUAACAAAGCUCCGAAGAGUAUAUAAAACAGGCUUUUAAGCAUUUCGAAAUAUAUCAAGCCUAGCAACAGAGAAGGAUCGAUCCCAUGCUAAUUUCUCAUUAUUAUCCGUCUUUUCACCGGUUUCAUUUCUUGAUUUCGUUUUCUUUCUUGUCCCGAUCCAACGAAUGCAAAGUUACAAGGCCAGUAGUUAUAAAAUGUGGUUGUAAGUAGCCAUUAGCUUCAACAAAGUUGAGUACCUAAGCCUUUCUCUAAAGUGAGAUGCUGAGAGCCCAUGUGAUAGAUUAAUGAAGAUUGGCAAUAUAGAUUGUGUAUUCUUGCCAUUGCCUUGUUAGAGAACUGAUUUGCUCGUCAAAAUUCAGUGAUAUUGCAAAUCAAAUGUCUUGUGUUUACUAGCGCGCUACAGAAACUCCGUAGCGUUACAUCUGAUGGUGAACGGCACUGCUUUGUGAAUGCCGUAACCACCUGGACUACGGACUACGCUCUUGGUAGCUGGGUGUCUCCGUUGUGCGGAGGGUUUACAAAGUGAUAUGGAUCGCUAUCUCAAGAGAAUUACGUAUGCCCUCAGUGUAAUCAAGUUUUCUGGGUUAUGAAUGAAUUUGUCACCCACGCUCAGCUGCAAUAAUUAUAAUAGUACACGCACAAUGACUACACAAUAAAGAUAAGUGUAAAAUGUAGUCUGUAUAACAUAACGGAGUUUCUCCUUUGUUAACUGGGGAAAUUGAUGACCUUGCACCAGCGGAGGAUAUGCAAAGGCAAGACCGCUGUACGUAGCAGUGAUUUCCUCCACCCGUUUUAUUUCCACGCCCCAUGUAAGCGUUCAUUUAUUGUACCGUAACUUCCAAUAGCUUCAUCCUCCAAAUCACCUCAAUCUUGCCAAUAACCCAUCUGCAAAAUGUAGAUCACCCUCUUGUCUACGCAACGCCGUAUCCAGAGAGCCGCAGUGCCUUCCAUAACAAGUUCUAUAUAACUACUUACAUAGACCUUGUUCCGUACAGUUUUUCUAGUGCUCCGAGUGAACGCAAGGCACCUGACUUGGUUAAGUGAUAAAAAGACGACGUUUAAAAAUUAGGAACGAAGUUCUGUUGUACAGGAUAUGUGUUAUAUAAAUAGUUAUUUUUAUGUAUCAGUGUUCCCUUCCCUCAUUAAUGUGAGGAUUAUGAUUUAGUUUGUAGAUACGCCCCAAAUGACAGGGAUAUUGUGUAAGCAUUUCACAAAAAAUAAGAUAAAUAAAAAAAUAUAAGAAAUAUAAA